AUGAUUGCAGCGUGCAUUCAUUCAGCGAUAGUAGCAAAAGUUCUUAAAACGGGUGCUGAUGUGAGAUGUGAUGAGAACGGUAAAUUUCGUUUGAUUCAAUGUGAUGCGCGAGGAUGUUAUUGCGUUGAUACUGACGAUGGAACUGAACUUCUGAACACUCGAGUUGCUAUUGGUGAAACUCCUAAAUGUGACGGUAAAUAG